GCCGGGAUCCUGCGCAUGCGCGCUGGGAGGCGCCUCGCCGCUCCUCCCCGCAGCCGGCGUUUCGCGAGGGGGGGGGCGGCGCAGAAGGAGGGAGAGAGAUCGGCGCGUGCACGCGGAGGUACACCAGUUGCAGUCUCAGCUGCCAUGAUGCCUGCAGCAACAGUAAAGACUGACACCACGCCAUUGUAUGACCCUCACCUCCUUCGGGAACUGGACUGGAGUCAGAAUACCGUGACAUUUUCCCCUGCUAUUUCUCCUGCGGAACCGGGCAGCGGUUUAGUUUUGCGGCCACUUUGCAUUGCCGACAUCAACAAAGGCUUUUUAAAAGUUUUAGGUCAGCUGACUGAAACGGGAAUUGUCAGCCCUGAGGAAUUCAUCAAAACAUUUGAACACAUGAAGAGUUCUGGGGACUACUACAUUACAGUAGUGGAAGAUACUAUUCUAGGAGAGAUUGUGGCUACUGCAACUUUAGUCAUAGAACACAAGUUUACUCACUCAUGUGCAAAGAGGGGAAGAAUAGAAGACGUUGUUGUAACCGAAGAAUGCAGAGGAAAACAACUUGGAAAAUUAUUGAUGUCAACUCUCACACUGCUAAGUAAGAGACUGAAUUGCUACAAAAUCACUCUCGAGUGUCAGCCAAAAAAUGUUGCUUUCUAUGAAAAAUUUGGAUAUUCAGUAUCUGAAGAAAAUUACAUGUAUCAAAGAUUCUUCAAUUAAAGGACUUCCAGGUAUAAUCUCAUGCAAUGGACUGUUGGUGGAGGACUGUCUCUUCUCUUUCUCUCUUUUCUCUUUGUGGAAAACAAAUGAAAUUAGCACCUCCGGAGAUGGCACAACAAAUACAGUACAACAGACUUCGACUUAGGUUUCCUUGCUGACAGGAAACAUUUUAGAAGCCAUUUCCUACUGUUAAUCCUUUUUCUGGCUGGGAUGUGAAAGAUUAUUGCCAGGUGAGGGUGGUUUUUAACCAAAGGUUAUAUUUUUACCUGAUUUCUUUCUUGCCUUGUAUUUUUCUAAGUCUUGUGCUGCUUUGUGUUGCCAAUUCAAGGGUGGUUAAUGAGGCAGGACUGACUUGAGAGGUUUUUAGUCAUGUGGGUAGGAGAAACGCAAGACCAGGCUGUCAGUGGUCUUGGCGUUAGUGCGCCUCAGAUCUUCAUGAGCCCCAGAAGAGCCCUGCAAUGAUUGAUUUGUUGUGCAGUGGGCUGAGCAGUUCUGUUGGUCCCCUAGCAGUCGCAACUGGUAAACAUUAUUGCUUACACAAAGAACCUGCAUUUCUAAAGUAUUCUUUAUCUCUUGUAGCUGUGAAAAGGCAGUGGGGCCAAGGGGCCCCCUUUUCCAGCAUGGGCUAUCACAUGUAUGCUUUGCAAAAGCAAUCUUCUGCCAUGUUACAGACCCCAAACCCUCAUCUCGGAGGCUCCCCGUGCUUUGGGGCUUUAGAUAAAGCCAUCUAGCACUUCUUGCCGUGUGCCGGCAGUAACGGUACAACUUUCCUCCCACCAUUUCAACUUGGAAGGGGGUAGUCUUGGGCAUUACAAGCAAAUGAAGGGCACUGCAGAAAAGUUUUGUAGUUGAGUAAAUAGCUUUAUAAAAUAUUACUGAGGGCUACUGUAAAUGGAUUUCAUGCAUUUUGUGGUACUCUAAAAACUUUAUUGGGGAUGACUAAAGUUUAUUUAUUCAGUUGUUUUUUAAGAAGCACUGUUAAGACAUAAAUAAAUGGAGGCUGUUAA